UCUUCUCUUCCAUAAACAACGAGGCUUUGAAUGAAUUGUCUCUUAUUGCAAAGGAACUGGACGUCGACGGUGUGCAAGCACUUGAAGAAGGACAGGUUCUCCAUUACUGCGUUGAGAAUGAGGUGCCAUAUAUUGAUUGCAGUUUUCCCCCAUGUGACGUCUCCUUGUGCCGCCAAGAUAUUGACAAGUACAAAUUGCGCAGCUUGCCGUGGGUUCGUCCUGAUGCAUUUAUUCCGCCGGAACAACUGAAGGAGGUCCGUCUCUUUCGUCGCACCAUUCUUCCAUCACAAGUAACACAGGGUGAUAUCGGUGACAGCUACCUUAUCUCCGCCAUGGCUUCCCUUGCAGAGUCAAGGGACCGGGUUCGAGACAUCUUUCGCCAUCCUGUCAGUGCCGGGCACGGAAAGGUGGAGCGUGCCUUAAGUGCGUAUUGGGUGACGCUGAACUACAACGGCUGGUGGUGCCCUGUACUGAUUGACGACUACUUGCCCGGCUACCGCGAAGGGCCAGAAUUUGCGCGUUGUGCUGUUGAUAUGCGUCGCAUGUGGGUUGGACUGCUUGAAAAGGCCUACGCGAAGGUGCACCAUUCUUAUUCAAAUAUUGCCAGCGGAGAUCCUCUUGAGCCUCUGCAAGACUUUACGGGAUUCCCCAUUACCCGCUUUGAUGUCUUUUGGGAGGAGGCUGUGAAAGGCGACGAUGAGUUUUUUAAGCGCAUGGUAAUUUACGACAAGAAGGAUUUUAUCACGAUGCUUUACACGCCUCGCAACGAUGAUUCUCAAGGCCAACCUGCGCAUGGGUCCAUCAACGGCGCAGCAACGAAUGUGGAGAACCGCUGCAACGAAGUGGGACUGCGUCUGCAUUGCGGCUACACGGUGUUGCGUGUCAGGUACUUUGAGGAUUUUGAUCUCCGCCUUUUGCAGUUCCGCAACCCAUGGGGGACGGGCGAGGAGUGGACGGGAAGCUGGGGCAAAAAGGACAAACGAUGGGACAAAUACCCGAGCGUCAAGGCCCGCUGUUUUCCUGACGGCAUGGAUGCAACGGAGCCUGACAACACCUUUUGGAUGGAGUGGAGGGAUGUCUUGACAACCUUUGUUGGUGGUGGUGUUUGUCACGUCAAGCGCAACUGGUACGAUUACCGCAUUCGUGGCGAUUUUAACGAUGGCUAUCCGACUGUGUGUCUUGGAAUAAACGUUUCAGAUCCCGUGGAUGCGUACAUUGUUCUCUCUCAGGAGGAUGAACGUGAUGGCGAUGAUCUUGAAUACGCAGCGAUGCUCAUCAGUGUCUCCCGUCAUGGUGGCAAGCAUGAAAAGAUGGAUUGCACAAGCAGCUUGGAUGUGGAGAUGCCCGGAUGCGAGCUUAAAUUCAACUUUGCCCGCGACGUUGCGAUGCGCUACACGUUUGAGCCGGAGGGAAACCCGUACUUUGUCAUCCCCCGUGUCCACGACAACUCCAUCUCCAAGCCCUAUGUUCUCGGCUUGCUGUUGGACACGUACGCUGGAAAUGGCAUCCGGGUGGAGUUCAAGGGCAUUGACAGGGAGUGCAGGGUGUUCCAGAACAUGCCCACCUUCUCGGUGAAGGGCAUGACGCGGGAUGUGAGCACGGAAUAUCAGAUCCGCAACCCGCGGCAGCCGUCGGAAUGUGUGGGGGCGGAGCUGAAGGAUGAACGGCUGAAGGAGUUUGGUGUCUACGAGGAUUAG